UUCGUCGCUGUUUCUCUCUGAUUGGAAGGGUCCCCUCCGGAGAAUUUAAGGUGAGGGUAACUGAAAUUUCAAUGCAAUUAUCCAAAUUUAUCUUCAACCACGUCCUUUAACUUUUCACUACGACUGUUAGGUAAUGUGCUUCCGACUCUGAAUCAGUUGUUCGCUAGACUUGAUCCCAGAUUAGUUUCAUUCCGACCCCUUAAUUUACAAGCUUCAAUUUUCAGUCUUUCUGCUAAAAGUUUUCCAAUUUUGAAGCUUUAAUCUCCUUUGGAGGAAAAGGGGAGGCGGAAAUUAUGCAACCGUCGAAUUUACAGACACCAACGUCUCCUCCGUCUGAUGCGGUGGACUCGUCUCCGUUGUUGGCCCGCUCCUUAACCGACCACCUGGUGCGGAGCCGCCGCCUUCUCCGGCGACCACCUCCCCAGAUACGAGGAGUGGCUGCGAGGCUUCUGCGCCGGGCUAGUAGCCGUCGCAUGAUGCUCCGUGAGUCAUCGGUGCGGGUCCGGGAAACCGCGGCGGAGCAGCUGGAGGAGCGCCAAAGCGACUGGGCGUAUUCGAAGCCCAUUAUAGUUCUUGAUGUUCUUUGGAACUUGAUGUUUGUCUUGCUAGCAUUCGUUGUUCUGGGACUGAGUAUGGAGGAAGACCCCGUUGUGCCUUUGAGGCUCUGGAUAACCGGCUAUGUAUUGCAGUGUUUGGUUCAUGUCGGUUGCAUAAUCACAGAGUACAGAAGAAGGUGCCAAGGGAGGGUUUUGAGAUUGGAAAGCAGUGGGGAUUUAAUUUCUGCUUCAAAUUCUGUUCCUGGGAGUGAUGCAGAGGGUUCUGAGGAUUAUGCCACGGAGCAGCUUCAUAGUGAAAAUGAAACCAGUAUUACAAAGCAUCUGGAGUCUGCAAAUACAAUGUUUUCUUUCAUUUGGUGGAUCAUUGGGUUCUACUGGGUAACUGCUGAUAGCCGAGCUCUGACAAAUGGUUCUCCUUGGCUUUAUUGGCUUUGUGUGGCAUUUCUUGCUUUUGAUGUGGUGUUUGUUGUGAUCUGUGUUGCUGCUGCCUGUCUUAUUGGUAUAGCUGUUUGCUUCUGCCUUCCAUGCAUAAUAGCCAUCUUAUAUGCUCUGACAGAUCGGGAAGGAGCUACAGAUGAGGACAUUGAUCAGUUGCCCAAGUACAAAUUCAAGAGUGCAGGUGAUUUUGAAAAAGUAAAUGGCGAGUUCCAAGACUCUCAUGGGGGGAUAAUAACUGAAUGCAACACUGACACGCCCAUUGAACGUGUUCUUUCCCAUGAGGAUGCUGAAUGUUGCAUCUGCCUUUGUGCUUAUGAAGAUGGAACGGAACUAUGCGAACUCCCUUGCCAUCACCAUUUCCACUCCACCUGUAUAAGCAAGUGGUUAUACAUCAAUGCUACCUGCCCUCUUUGCAAGUUCAACAUCUUAAAAGCUGGGAAUCGAAGUAAUGGUGAACAAGUAUAGAAAAUCUCAGUAGAGCCUCUUCUUACAUGUUUAACUGUAUAUGGUUGCCACGUUUAAGACCUUCCUCCCAUGAUGCAGCUGAAGUUUGUAUAACUUGCCUUUUUGGUAUAGUACUUGCAAAACUUUAUUGUAUAUGUGUUUUUUCCCCAAUUUUUGUCCCAAAUGAUAGUAAAGAAGAAAGGCACUU